AUGGUGAAUAUUGAGACUACUUCUACUGGUUCUAUUUCAACAUCUAUUGAACCUUCUCACCCGUUGUAUCUCUAUCCGACUGAUAACCCUGGCACGAUCAUUGUUGCUGAUAGAUUUAAUGGGAUGGGUUAUGGAAGUUGGAGACGAGGGAUGUUGAUUGGCUUAUCUUGUAAGAAUAAACUGGGAAUAAUAAACGGGACAAUUACUAAACCUAGUGCAACUUCGCCACUGUUUGAGGCGUGGUGUCGAUGUAAUAAUAUGGUGAUUGCGUGGAUUCUGAAUAGCUUAGAAGUUGAAAUUAGAGAAAGCGUUAUGUACACUGAAUCAGCUGCUAAGUUGUGGAACGACAUAAAGAAACGUUAUGGUCAACCUAAUGGAUCCAAGGAAGCUUUUCAAAAAUUGGAAGAGGAUCAGAAACUUCAUCAGUUUUUAAUGGGACUUAAUGACACUUAUAGCCCGAUUCAGAGAAAUAUUUUGGCGAUGAAGCCCCUACCAGACAUUGACACUAUCUAUUCCAUGUUGCUUAAUGAUGAAAGUCAAUGUGAGACUCAGCUUUCAGCUCCUUUAUUCUUUGCUGAAUCUACCUCAUUCCCUGCUAGUGUGCAAAGGCCAUAUGCAGGACCAUCUCCUGCUGGAAUGCAAAAGACUUAUUCUCAGAAGGUUAACUUUGAUACUAAGAAGACUAAUAUGGUGUGUAGAUAUUGCAAAAAUUCGGGUCAUACUAUUGAAAAAUGCUACAAGUUGAUUGGAUAUCCUAAUAAUCCUCAACCUAUUAGAUUCAGAAAAACUGCGGCUUAUGCACAUGUUUCAGAGUCUCAGAACAUGGGCCAAGCAGAGAACUUUGUUGCUGACAAUCGAACCAAGGUGCCUACACAGGAUAACACUACUGCUGGAUCUGCUAAUUUUGCAGUUUUGUUUCACUGUCUUGAUGUUAGAAAUUGUUGUGUCUUUGCUUGUAAUUUGUCUAAAUUAGAUGGUGAUCAUUGGAUAAUAGACUCUGGUGCAACUAAUCAUAUGACACCUCAGAAAUCUCUAUUAAUCAAUCUUAAACCUUUAACCAUUCCUUACUUGGGCCCUUCUCUGAAGAGGCCACUGGUUCUUGGUAAAAUCUCUAAUGGAUUGUACAUAUUCCAGAGUGACUCUCCUUCAUCAUCCUACAUUCCUGCUCUUUCAACUGGUGAUGCUAGUUCUAAUGUUUCUGUUAAUUCUGGUUGUGUUCCAUUUGUUUUUUCUUCCAUACACACUGUAAAUGCCAUUGAAGCAAAUAAAACUGUUACCAGUUGUGUGCAUUAUGCUUCUCCUGCUUAUGAUUUUGAUAUGUUCGGCACCUUAGACUUGGUCACAUGCCUUUUCAUAAAAUGA